CCGGCCUUGGGAGUGGAGUGGAGGCGGGCAAGCAGGCGGGGGAAGCCGGGCUGGAGGUGGGCUGAGCCCCCGGAGGAAGGAACCGGGGCGCAUCGCGGAGCUUCUCCUCCAAGCGGGGCUGGUCGGGCUCUCCGCCUGCGGGAGCGGAGGGCUCUCCAACCUUCUCAGCGAUAAGACCUGAGGACUUCAACUCCCAGAAUCCCCCAGCCGGAGUGGUGAUUUGGAGACCAUCGUGAACGAAAGGAUCUUCAUCCAGAAAAUGUCCCGCGAGGACCAAGGCGUCGCGAAGGCCGAGGAAAACUCCUCCCGCGUCAUUUUCGCGGUGUUUCUCUCGCUGCUCAUCGACCUCCUGGGCUUCACCCUGAUUCUGCCUCUCCUGCCUUCCAUCCUAGAUCAUUUCAGCCAGAAUGACGAUGGGCUCUACAGGAGGGUGCAAGCCGGCGUGGACUGGUUCAGUGGCAGCCUUGGCAUUCCGCCAGAAAGGAAGUACAACAGCGUCUUAUUUGGAGGUCUCAUCGGCUCCCUGUUUUCUCUGCUUCAGUUUCUGGCCUCGCCACUCACCGGGGCUGCCUCAGAUUCCUUCGGGAGGCGACCGGCGCUGCUCGUCACUGCGCUUGGCUUGAUGGCGUCCUAUUCUCUGUGGGCCAUUUCUAGGAGUUUUGAACUCUUCCUUUGCUCCAGAAUCCUUGGCGGGAUCAGCAAAGGGAACGUCAGCCUUUGCACGGCCGUCAUCGCAGAUCUUCAAUGUCCGAAAGCUCGAAGCAAAGGCAUGGCCAUGAUUGGGCUAGCUUUCUCGCUGGGCUUCACCCUCGGACCAAUGCUAGGCGCCUUCCUCGCUCUCGAGACGGAGAAGGACCAAGUCUUCUACACGAGAGCCGCCAUCUUUGCCACCAUCUUCGCCGCGGCUGAUUUCCUGUUUAUCUUCACCUGCUUGCCAGAGACACUGCCGAAGGAAAAAACGGGUAAUCAUACCCUUGGUCGUUUUAUUCCUCCUGCAGGUCUUCAGAUGUUGGGCUUGGUGUAUUUCCUGUACCUUUUCCUUUUCUCUGGCCUGGAGUACACACUGGGAUUUCUUGUCCAUCAACACUUCCACUUCAGCAGUCUGGAACAAGGGAAGAUGUUUUUCUUCAUCGGUGUCACCAUGGCUGUGAUCCAAGGAGGCUACACUCGCCGGAUUCCGCCAGGAGCAGAACUGCGGAUGGUUAAAAUUGCAAUCAUACUGUCAGCUCCUGGCUUCCUUUUAAUCGGCUGGAGCACUAAUAUUAUCAUCCUCGGUGCAGGACUGUUGUUUUACUCUUUCGCUGCAGCUGUAGUCGUCCCUUGCUUGUCUACGGUGGUAUCCAGCUACGGGCUGGACAGCCAAAAAGGAACCGUGAUGGGCAUCCUAAGAAGUCUGGGUGCCCUUGCGAGGGCUCUUGGGCCGGUGGCAUCGGCAACAGUGUACUGGCUGGCCGGAGCGGAAGUUUGCUUCACCAUUUGGGCCUCUUUGUUCCUGCUGCCCUUCAUCCUGCUUCGGUGCAUGCCAAAGCAAAACAAACAGGAAUAGACUACUCGGAUGGCGGUUUCCCCCAGAAACUCAAGAAUUCAACUUGAAUUCAAGAAAUCGAGUUGAUCCUGGAAGAACUAACCAGGGGCGUUGGUGUAUUUUUCACAGCAGCCUUCCACCAUCUUUGCCUGUAUUUGAGCAGAGGUCCUGCUUUCCAGUCUGGGUCUUUCCAUGUGUGUGUGUGCGCACGUGCGUGCGUGUGCCAGGGUCUGAGCAAUGAUCCAUGGAAAAAGGGCCUUAGGAUAAAGCUGCCUUCCUACAAAUAGGAUGGUGAAGAUACCAACUUGCUCAAUCCGCGAUGAACAAAGCCCCCAACAACCCAAGUCCACUUCCUUCCAGCUGGAAACACCUGGGAAUUUUCUUGUUCAAAGCGGGACGUUCACACAGAUUGGCCCACAAGGUCUUUGCUAUGAGGCUGUGAGACCCAAACAAUGUCAUCUUUCGUGACCUAACUUUGGAUUUGGCAUCUCUAAGUUUGAGAUGAACGUCGUUACUGCCUGUGUCCCAUAAGGCUCUCCCCAUUUGCCUUCACUUAGAUUGGUGCUCUUUCUUCGUGUCCCUGUUGUGCCUCUUUCCUCUUUUCUUCAGCGUCUUUGUGCCUGUUCCCACUUUUCUUCAGUGUCCUUGUGCCUGUUCUCUUUUCUUCAGCAUCCUUGUGCCUGUUCCCCCUUUUUUUCAGUGUCCUUUUGCCUGUUCCCUCUUUUCUUCAGCGUCCUUGUGCCUCUUUCCUCUUUUCUUCAGCAUCCUUGUGCCUCUUCCUUUUUUUCUUCAGCAUCCUUGUGCCUCUUUCCUCUUUUCUUCAGCAUCCUUGUGCCUGUUCCCUCUUUUCUUCAGCGUCCUUGUGCCUGUUCCUUUUUCUUCAGUAUCCUUGUGCCUCUUUCCUCUUUUCUUCAGUGUCCUUGUGCCUCUUCCCUAUUUUCUUCAGCAUCCUUGUGCCUCUUCCCGCUUUUUUCAGUGUCCUUUUGCCUGUUCCCUUUUCUUCAGCGUCCUUGUGCCUUUUCCCUUUUCCUCGUAUGCUUGUGCCUCUUCCCUCUUUUGAUUCCUGGACCUUGUUCUUUUAAUUAUGUCUUCAUUCCCCCCUAGGGGUGAAAUGCUACCGGUUCAAACCGGUUCUCCUGAACCAGUAGUAAAAAAAUGCUACCGGUUCAGGCGAACCGGUAUUUCCGACAAUCAGCUGGAUGGCGAUCAUCUGUGACGCAUGAUUUAAAUUAGAAUUGUCGGGUUUCCUGUUUUCUAGCUAAUCUAAAUCACGUGGCACAACAGAUCCACCCCCUCGCUGUUCUACUUACCUUUACAGACUUGGAAGGCUUUAAAAUGUUCCUUUUUUAGUGCAGGCGCACCUCAAGCGUGCAUGCGUGCGAAGUGCACACUUGGUAGCAGACUCACAGAACCGGUAGCAGACUUCAGAGGAUUUCACCACUGUUCCCCCCCCUUUUUUUGCUUCCUGAGUACACAAACCAGCAAAAGUCCAUUCCUACAUGGAUUCUCAGAAAGGAUAGUAAUUAGAUAAAAUAGAAAAAUCGAUAGGAUCUCAAUCUCUUGUCCUAGAAUGCAGUCCUUGUCCUACAUUUCUGAAAGUUGGGGUUGCAAAAUAGAUGGUCCGACGCCAUGCGUAGGUGACAAAAGUGCUUGCAUCAAAAUAGUUCUCAAGGUUUUGGGGGUUUUUUUGGUUCCCGAAAGAGGCAUGGAUUGGAGGAAGAACCACACCAGAUACAUCCUCUGGAGGCACUUUUGUCGAGUUCUACCUUGGCCCCGAGUUUGUGUAUUUCACUAAGUGUCUUACCAUAGCCCAGUCCCUUUUGAUGGACUUCUGAGUUAUUUUGAAUUUUAAAACGAUGAUGGGUAUAUGUCUAAUUAUCCUUCCUUUCUUUUGUAUUGCCGAAAUGUCAAUGUAAUAUUUUCUACACUGCGUAAGGAGGUGUGUUGAGAGGAGUAUUUUCCAUUUUCUUUUUUCAUACAAUAAAACAAAAUUAAGUUUUCA